AUGGAGGUGGACGGGGCGCCGGACCUGACCGACUUCAUGAACGACUGGUUCUUCGGAACGGUCGGCGCGCGGCACAGUGGUGGCGGCGGCGGCGGCUACGACCUGACUGGCGAGAGCAGCAAGAGGCUCGCAUCGCCAGCGGGCAACAAGAAGCAGGGGAAGAGCGGCGGCGGCAGCAGCGCGAGCAAGCAAACGCAGGAUUGGCUGGAGGAGGCGAGGAGGAUGGUCGGGGCCGGAUCACCGGGUCCGAAGGGCGUCGGGUCGCCGUCCAGGCAGCUGCCCAGGUUCGCCGGCGGAUCUGGGACGGAGCCCUCGCCGACGCUCGACCGCCGGGACCCGAUGUCGCGGUCCGCCAGAAGGUAA